UCUUUAUUUUCAGUUUGAUUUACGAGCUCUGCAGUCACAAAGCCCCAGCUAGGUUGUAAGGUAACGAAUUCCACCUGUCGGGCAAUUGUAGCUGCAAAGAAGCCCACCUAAGGUUUUCAACAUUUCACCAAAAACAAACCCUUCCAACACAGCUUUGUGCCUUGUAGUCACCUAGUUGCAGGAGGUGUGUGUGUCAGAGAGAGAGAGAGAGAGAGAGCGCUCAGGCCCUGUUCAGAGGCUGUAAUUUGAGAAUAGCUUCACUGGCCCUUUUGUGUAUGUUUCCUUGGACACCAGAGGCAGGAAGUAACAUUGCCGAGCGCACAGUAGUCACCACACAGACUCUGCCAUCUCUCUGGGGCCAUGAGGGAUCUGCUGACCACGCGGGAGCAAGAUGGCUGGAGGGAGCUUAUUAAGAGGGAGGCCUCCUGCAGGGUCAGCUGGAAGGCAAAAUACGGGCACAAAUACCCCAGGCGGGUGACUGACUAUGGAGUUGCCAAGAGGAAGUGUUUCUUGCCUGCCAUCUGCCCUCCUGAGGAGAGUGCAAGCUCCCUCCGGUGUCAAGAAGUAACUGUGCAAAAAGAGGACGGGCGGCAGCUGUCAGGGAAGGAGGAGAAGCAGGAGGUGGAAGCCCAAAGCCUUCAGGAGCCUCUUCCCGAGAUGAGGGUUCCCACACCACAGACAACUCAGCUGCUCUACCAGGGCUUCUCCCAUGAAGGCAAAGGGAGGCAGCACUACCUCAAGCAGAGAAAGAUGAAGAGCCCCGAGGAGAAAUUCUGCUACCCAGUGCUGUCGUCAUGGGAAUAUGGCUGGCGCUUAGGAGACGUGGUUAAGGACAUGAGGACACCAAUUCAUGGCAAAUCCCGAAUUGUAAAGGAUACUUUCUACUUCAAAAACGGCAUCUUCUAUCAUCCAUCAAAAACUGACAAGCUGUCAUGAAUAUUAUUGCUAACUGACAUGUGGAAAUGUUUGUGCAAUGUUGCCUAGCAUGGGUAUUUGUUGUGGUAUUGGAUCAGACAACCCUCUAUAAUUACUUCCCUCCAUAAUUACUCUUUCAGAUUUAAAACUUGCUUCUAGCCUUCCUCUCCCUGGAGCACAGCACCUAUCAUUCUGGCAGAGUAACUUACUGAGUUCUGUGUCAAGGAUGUGUAUACAACCUUGCAUACAUUUGGGACCUGAGUCUGAUUUAGAGCCAAUUAAUUCAUAUGGCUGUUGUGAUGUUUCUUGUGAUAGUUUCCUUUUGUGGUGACACCCUGAAGGAAGACCUACCAUAGGUUGAUUUUUUUUAAAAAAAAGCACCUGUCACAGUUUAUACCAAGAUGAAGUUAGAGAACUGCUUUGAAAUUCAAAAGGGGUGCAGGUUUGUAACAAAAACUUUUGUGACAAAGUAUUCCCAGUUCUCCAGGUAGUGGAUCUCUGAAAAACCUUUGACUGAGGCCUUGGAGGACAACUGCCAGUCAGAGUAAACAGUAUAGGACUAGCUGGACCAAGUCUGCCCCAUUAGUGAUUGGGUACAUUAUCAUAUUCUUCCUUGGAGGUUGUGUGAGCCGUUGUAUUGUUCCUUAGACGUAGGGUGGAGUACCAAAACGACUUUACUAUUUUCACUCAUGGGAGCGAACCCAUCAUUCACUUGUAUAAUAAAGGUAGACUAUGAGGAAUUUAUAGCUGCAAUUAUGUUUAUGUCAGACCCGGGUAUGCUGAUCAGCUGAUUAGUCAUGGAGACAACGAACUAAUGGUGAGCAAAAAAUUCACAGGACACAGCCCUCAGAAAUGGGUAGCUCUGUGGCUUUUGCUAUUUUCCCUAAAGGUCUUCAGACAUGGAUGUAACUGACUUGUGAGAGUACCCUGGUUUCUUUAAAAGAUCAUGUGAGAAAGCCAUGCUUUGCUGUGUGUCACAUCCACAGCAAAGCUCAGAUUGAGCAGGAAAUUGAUCUAUGAGCCCAAGGUUGCUGCCUGCAGGGGACAGAGGCCCCCAAGUAGUGAGGUGACCCUGGGGCUACCAGAAUCCCCUUGUUUUUCUAAGGGUUAUUUUCAGAUAUGUAACGCCCCACUCCAUAGAACAGUCGUGACUGCCUCGGAAUGCCCCUUGUUUUGAAAGCUUUUUGCUGACAGGCCUCCAUGGCUCCCAACUGCUGUGUUACAGCCAGAAGAGUGGACAAAAGCUCUGUUGUUACUCGCAGCUCGAACAAGCCUGGCUGAAAAACAUGAGAUUUAAAAUUAAAAUGGGGGUUUGUGUGGGUGCUCAUGCUUUGAAGGGUGCAUAAGGCAGGCAUGCUUUCCCAGGUUGUCUCCACAGCUAUGGCAUACAAGUAUUUUAAAUGAAAAUUGAGAUACCCGAAGGAUUGAAGGUGCUCCCUGGAGCCAAGACAAACUGUGCUGCUUCAGCUCACAGCUUGUGUAACCCUCAUUCUAUAUGCACUCAUACAAUGGACUUUGUAACUUCAGCUACUCUCUCCCUAUUUGAUCCGGAACCAGGGUGGUGAUAAUUUUUCUUUCUUUCUUGGCUUUGUUUGCUUGAGAAGUCGAAGAGAUCCAGUGACUCACUGCUCCACAGGGGCCACUUGACUGGAACAAAAUAGCAUAACGCAAGAGUGCUGCAAAAUAAAUUUAGCGGAUGGAACCAUAAAUUUAUGUGUGCUGAUGUAUCUAAAAGGUGGCUCUUUUUCAAGUAUAUGUGAAUAAUUUCGUAGUGUCUUAUGCCUCCCUUGACUGAAAUUUGAUAGUAACAUGAAAUAUACUUUCAGUGUUGUGAUUUACUACAGGAAUGUUGUCCAAUGGGCCAGCAGGGAAUAAUAAGGGAUGAAAAUUUCAACCCGUGUGUGAUAUAUAUUGCUGAUAUUUUAUCUGCUCUCAGUAAAGCCACAAUUUAGUCCUGCGAUUCAGCUUAUGCCGAUCCAUGGACUGAAAAACAGGCUACGUCUAGACCAGGUACCCCCAAACUCAGCCCUCCAGCUGUUUUGGGACUACAACUCCCAUCAUCCCUAGCUAACAGGACCCAGUGGUUAGGGAUGGUGGGAACUGUAGUCCCAAAACAGCUGGAGGGCUGAGUUUGGGGAUGCCUGGUCUAGACCAAUACUUACUCCAUUUCAUUUUGGUUUUAGGCUUCACCAUCUCUUUGCAUUUCUCUGGACAGGGCUCAGGACAGAUAGAAGUAUAUUAAUUAUUCUACACCCUCCCCGACUAGCAAACAACAAUUUAAUAAAAAACAUCUUCCGGAUGAUGUAUAUAUGGAUGUAGGAAGCUGCCUGAAUUCAGAUCACUGGUCCAUCUAGCUGAGUAUUCUCUGCACUGACUGGCAGCAGCUCUCCAGGGUUUCAGACACUACUUUUUUCUAGCUGCACCUGGACUUGUCAGAGAUUGAACAUGGGACUUUCUGCAUGCAAAGCAGAAGCUCUACCACUGAGCUAUGGCCCUUUCCCAUGCUCGGCCUUUGGAAAUCUCUUCCCCUAAAGACUCGCUUCCUCUAAAGAUCCCUGAAGUUAAGGAAAAGCCACAGGGAGCUCCUCUUUCCAUUCAAGGCCAGUGUACUUAAGAGAACACAUCAGUUUCUUGGAAUGCAAGUGUAGGAUUUUAUUUCCCCCCCAGCAAUUUCUAUAUGUGCAAACAAAUGCAGAAUGAAUGAUUGAUUCACAGGAAGACCCACAACCACGGCACAAGCAAAUCAGGAUUAACACUGUCAUAUAACUGCCCUGCAAACGAAGUGUAACAAAUGCUCAGUAAAAACUGAACAUAGUCCGACCUUUGCAUAAAGACUGCACAAGCAGAGCAGGAUGAGUGCCCAAUAAGCCAGUUGUCUGAUUGAGUCCCACAUCUGAAACGGCAGGGCUUGCCUCAUGUGGCUAUGUUACCUUAGGCAGCAUUUCAGCUAGGAAAUGACAUCUACAUUACAUGUAGAUUUUGUAUUUGAGAGUGCAAUAUUAUUUUGAUGAUGGGAAAUAAACAAGGAGGUGAUCUAGCACAGCUUCCUUUCGAGAUCCCUUCAGAAUAUGGACCAAGGAUGAAGCAGCAUGAUCAGACCAUUUGGCAUCCUAAUCUAUGGUGAGCCACUUAUUUUAAAAGGUUAUCAAAACGGCUUCACUGAAACUUGCUUACUGUACUUAUUAGUUUUGUCUUCCCAGAAUUGGUAGUAUUUCCUGCACAGGAAUUUUUAAACAGAAGCAGGCCUUUAAGUUAUAUCAAAUCCUGCAAUUAAUUUGUCUAAUUAGUUUACAGAGAAGCUAUAGUAAAUAUGCUUUUUAGUAUUUUAACCUCAUUUCUCAUUUUAUAAAAUAGCACAUGCAUGAACAUUUCGUGGUGAGGGCUUGAAACUGCGCUAAUUUGUACAGGAGGAAGGGCGUUGUGAGGAGUCACUAAUAGAAUGACAGGAGUGUUGUCUUUGGAUGUGGGAAGCCAGAUUUUUAAUCCCCAUUUAGCUAUGAAGCUGCAUGGGAGGCUUAGAAGUCAGACUAGUCAGGAAACCAGAGAAGAAAAACAGCAAGAGGAAACUCCUGACUCCGUCUAGGCACAACUAAGCCUAGUGCCACCUAGUGGUGAAAGGUUAUAUUCAAAGAAGGGCUACGUCACAUCCCUAUUAGUGCAAGGAUUUCUGCUUGAACAAUGGAACUCUCCUUGUGUGCCCCUUAAAUUUGUUCUAGUGGUUCUGCCAACACCCUGUAGCAGAUUUGGGGUGGAGAGAGGGGGAAAGUCCCAUUGCCCAAAUGGAAACCCAUGCGCUGUCGUGACACAUUUAUUGAAGACCACCCUACACAAAUAGAAUAUACUGUUCUGUGUAAUCCCCACCAUGAGGUUUACAGUAAGUUUGUAAUUUGAAAGUAAAACCUAUAGUUUAGAAUGCUCAUACACAAUUAAAAAAACAAACCACUAUUCUAUUCUGUGUUAAGAAUGAUCAAAUAUUUGCACAAAGAGACUGGGAGAGGUUUAGAGGCAUUUUAAACUUCACAUAGCUUAAACAUUCUCAAGAAUGUGAGCUGAGAACUAAGUGGUUCAAAUGUCACAACUAUAAAUGCACUAGGGGCGUCUUAGGCCAGGCCUGAUCCUGCAGCCUCAGCUUCCCCAUGUGGAAUGUGGGGAUAAUACUGCCAUGGCCUACGUAACAACAAUCCUCUUACAGAGCAAUCUUUUGUAUGUUUCCCUUUUAGUUUGAUGGGACUUGUUAAUUUGUGCAUUCAAGCUUUCAGCCUUUGCUAACCUACCACACAACAUUUUGUUGUGAGGCAAAAUGAGAACCAAGUGUACACUGCACUGAGCCAUUUGAAGGAUACAGGUUUGACACAUCAUGCUGAAGAUGGGAUAGUUUCAAUCCAGAAAAAGGAAUAUUGCAUUUUACUCAGACAGACUUAAUAUUUGUACCACAUUGUGGAAAGUUUGGGGGAUUAUUCCGAUCCUCACACCUGUGUUCAUUCCAAUGGCUCAUUCAUUUUUAUCUGUAUACAUUUUUAAAAGACUAUAUGUUGUUACAGGACUGUGAAAAAAAUGUGGUUAGAAAUCUGUGCACUAAAUAUGGCCACAGCCUGAAAUAAGAACCUGGGUGGUAUUAGCAGCAGCCAACCAUAAAAUCAACACCACCUUUCUCGAUGGCCACACAAAGAUUUUUCUUCUUCACUUUCCCCCACCCACUUAAUGCAUCAGGAUGUAUACAAUUUGCGGAGGUGACAUAUUUCAGGUAUCUACAAGGGGCAUGUAGGUUACAAACAGAAAAGGCCGGGUGAAUCCUUGACAUUUCUGCUCCAGCAAAAAAUAAUAAACACUUGCGUUUACUUUGGCAUUACAAGAUAUACUUAGCUUUUGUCCUAAUGGGCUAUGCUGAGCUAUGAAUGGCAGGACAAGGGGGUACAUUGUGGCUGGGUGGCUAAAGACCAAGCAGUUGAAAAGUUAUGGUUUUGAUGAAAAUUGACAAGUUAACACUGCUUAGUUUUAUUCUUCUCAUUCCUAAUUGUAGUGUUUUGUUUUGUUUUAAUUUCUGCUUCAGAAACAGAUUUGAGCCUUCAUAUCUGCCAUAAGAGGGACCCAGGUGCUGCUAUGGUUAAACUUGCUGAUCAGAAGGUCGGCGGUUCGAAUCCCUGUGACGGGGUGAGCUCCCGUUGCUUGGUCCCAGCUCCUGCCAACCUAGCAGUUCGAAAGCAUGUCAAAAUGCAAGUAGAUAAAUAGGAACCGCUACAGCGGGAAGGUAAACGGCGUUUCCAUGUGCUGCUCUGGUUUGCCAGAAGCGGCUUUGUCAUGCUGACCACAUGACCUGGAAGCUAUACGCCGGCUCCCUCGGCCAAUAAUGCAAGAUGAGCGCGCAACCCCAGAGUCGGUCACGACUGGACCUAAUGGUCAGGGGUCCCUUUACCUUUAUCUAUCUGCCAUAAGAGGAGGGGCACUCAGUUUCCUCCAGACUGUUCUAGUCUCUCUCGGUUGUUAUUCUCCACUUUGGUGGUCAGGCAACCCAGAGUGAGAAAUCAGAACUUGUUCCAUUAUUCGGUUGACUAUACAUUAAUAUGUUACUUCAAAACAGGAGAAUAAAAUUUAAAACACGGCAAAAAUUGUUUUAUGGGAGGUGGAUUAAUGAUGUCACAUCUACAGCCCAGUCAGCACUAGAGAUGGAAGGAUUUGUCAAUUUUGUUUCUUUCAGUUUCUCAUUUUUUCAUUCUUAAAUUCAAUCCUGCAGCAACUAGCAUUUUUUUGGGGGGGGGGAAUCAUGAAAAUUAUUCAGCAUUUUAGUGUGAAUUUCUCCUAUAUACAGUUUUGACUAACAUAUGCAUUUUUGCUAGUGAUUUCUCCUGAUACAAUGCACUUUAGUACAUAAUUUCCAGCAAUAGAUGCAUUUUUGUAAAUAUUGUUUGGCUGGAAAACUCCCUUGAAAAAUUCAGAUAAGUGCAGAUUUUGAUGGUUAUACUUGUUUUGGGGCUGACAUUGUUUUGGAAUGUAUGAAAUUGAUUAUACUUUAAUAAAACUGAAUUGAAAUGCUCUCCCAUUCUUAACCAACUCUACACAAAUGACUUCUAUUGUAGACAGAGUGAAUUGGGACUCAGCUACACGGCUGCAAAUAAAACAUUUUAAAUGUCUUGUAGAGUGCAUUCUACAAAUGUAACACUAGAUGGCGAAAGUGAGCUAUGCAAAAUUCAAUGUGCUUUUCAAAAUGUUUUAAAAGCAUUUUCACAGCAUAUUUUAUGUGUGUGUAGAUUCCAUCUUAGUUUUCCCUGAGCUUGAUCCAGAUGAUAAGAUUGUUUAGAAAUACAAACACAGUGAGUUGCACUUUCACAGUGGGUUGUUCACUGCUAAAAUCAUUGAUAUCUGAAUAUAAUGCUUUUCUCCGCAAAGAAGGACAAUGAGGUCAUGCCAAAACUAUAAAUGUAUCUCUUUUAUGGGCCAAUUUGGCUUGCCCUGAAGAAUCAUGGGAAUUAUAGGAUUGUAAUCAAUGAAUGUCUUCUCAAAGUAGACCCACUGAAAUGAAUGGACUUGAGUUAGCCAUGGUCAUUCAUUUCAGUUGGUUUACACUGAGUGAACACGACCCAUAGCUUGGUGGUGUGAUGAAAACAUAGCAAAGCUUAUGUUAGGAUUCCUUCCUUCCUGCCUGCCUUCCUGCCUUCCUGCCUUCCUUCCUAUGAUUUAUGAAUGCCUCAAAUCUUUUUCACGUUGUGUAGUUACAUUAGUCUGCCCACCAAAGCCAGCUACAAAUGGACAGUUAUUUCUUUUUCAGUUAGCCGGUGAAGUCAAGGGCAGACAGAACAAGCAAGGAGCUUUUCAACACAAUGCAACAUAGACGAAAAUAUAUAAACAAUCCCAAAAAUUGAUUUGAGUGAAUAAACAAAGAAAUGAGACCAUGGCAAACAAGCAGAGAAACCCCAUGGAAGACAAACAGGAGCCACAUCAACCACACUUGUUUACUUUAAAAUGUGAGUGUAUUUCACUGUGGGGACCAAGAGUUGAUAGCUUUUUGAUGGAAAGAGAGGUGCGGUUGUGCAUUUCUGGCUUCUUCGGAGUGGAAUGAAGCCAUUUUAGAGGAAUAAUUUCAUUGUUGACACACACAAAAUUCUGUAAACCAUUAUCUGUGGAUAUUCCCAGACGAGUCACAAGGAAAUGACUUCACUAGAGAAAAUGGGAGUUUGUCCUGAGUCAGAAGUACUGAGCCCUCAGUUUUUCCUAUCUGAGCUCUGUAUUUGCUCAGCUAGGAUUGUUCUAAUGAAAACAUGGCUGUCAUCUUGGGCUUGGCCAGCGAGGCUUCAGAGGGCAACUGGGCUUGUAAAAGCGUUGUUUAUCCAUUUAUAUGAAUGUGUGUGUGUGUGUGCGUGCGUGUGCACACACUCGUAGAGCUUGAAAAUAAAUCUCAGGGGAACUUGAAGUAAACAAAAUGCAGACCAAACAAAUAUUUCUGAUUUUUUGUCAGAAAAAAUAAAUCAAAUGCUUUAUAUCUGAAUCGUUGCCUUGUUUUCAACAGCAAGGACUUCAUGCUCCCCCUGGUGGGGAAAAUCUGAUACAAAAAAAUACAAAACAAAAUGUAGAAAUGCUCCUGCUUUUGAGAGCUGUAAGGAAAUAAGAUAAGAUUUUUUAAAGUCUUCUUCCCACAAUGCCCUC